AUCAACCUCUUCUUCUAUAAAUUGACCUCUACGCACCUAUUCAACUUCCCCUUCUCCUCUUCAUCUUUUUCAUUUCUAACUCUGCAUCUUCUCUUUCCGUCUUCACCUUUUUCUUGCUCUUCUUGCUUUUCUUCCUUUGAACCUUGAUGCCUAACAUACCUGUGUGUUAAUGUUUCAAGUUCCCAGUGAAACCCUUCGUUCCGGUUUUAGGUUUAUGAUAAAUUCCUCCUUCAGACGCAGGACCCAGUUGGUUCAAUCUUUCUCUGUUGUGUUCCUCUACUGGUUCUAUGUUUUUUCGUUAAUCUCUUCUUUCAUCUCAUGUAUUAUAUAACUUAGUUAUAAUAAUAAUUAUUAUUAUUAUUAGCUAUCCAAAUCCAAAUCCAAAUCCAAAUCCAAGUCACGUGUAAAUUAUUAUCAGUGUCAUCUCUGGGUCCUGCGUCUCAGAAUUGUUUUUUUUUUUUUUUUCUGUAUGAUAUUAUUCCACCAUUUCCAUGGCAUCAUCAAGUGGAAACUCUUCUUCCUGCACCAAGAUUCAAAGCUCGGGCUCUGAAGGAGAUUUGCAGGUUGUGACGAUGGACGAGAGAAAGAACAAGAGAAAACAAUCGAAUCGUGAAUCUGCGAGAAGAUCUCGGAUGCGAAAGCGUGACCACCUGGAAGACCUGAGGAAGCAAGUGUCAGAGUUGAGAAAGGAGAACAGGGAAAUCAUGGCGACCAUUGACAUGACCACACAACACUAUCUGAAAACGGAGGCUGAAAACUGCGUUCUGAGGGCCCAGAUGGGUGAGCUUAACCAACGCUUCCAAUCGCUGAACGACAUCAUCGUGGACAUCAUCAACACAAACACCUCCUACGAAAGGGACUGUUAUUAUCUAACGAGUUCACAAAAUUUUACCAACACUUUCUGUCUCAACCAACCUGUUUUUCAGUGGUGAAUUGUGUGGAUCUGAGAAGAAAAAAAGAAGAAUGUUGAAUGUAGUUUUGGUUUUGUUGGAAAGAGUUACGCAUAUUAUUCACGCAUUGUAUGAAGUGGGAGAUGGGUAAGCAAAAUCUGUGGCAAGGGCUUUAUGAAAGGGACACACUCAUCUUCGACUGUGUCACAGCUCAUUAAUUAGUACUAAUCACUCUUCUUUACUUUCAUCCAAAUAAACAAUUCAGUGCUGCUGUAAUUUAUAUAUAUAUAUAUAUAUAUAUAUAUAUAUAUAUUUUGUUAAUGCA